AUCAAGCACUUAGGCAUGAAGACUGCUUCUACACACAUUUGUGAAAGAAUCUCUCAGGAGCUCAGUGAUUUCAAGCAUGGUACCGUGAUAGGCUGCCACCUGUGCAAUAAAUCCAUCUGGGAAAUUUCCUUGCUACUAAAUAUUCCACGGUCAGCUGUUAGUGGUAUUAUAACAAAGUGGAAGCAACUGGGAACAACAGCAACUCAGCCACCAAGUAGUGGGCCAUGUAAAAUGACAGCGGGGUCAAUGCAUGCUGAAGUGCACAGUGCACAGAUUAGCACAACAGUGCAUAAGAGCUUCAAGGAAUGGGUUUCCAUGACCAAGCAGCUGCAUCCAAGCCUUACAUCACCAAGUGCAAUGCAAAGCAUUGGAUGCAGUGGUGUAAUGCAUGCC